GUACACGGAAGUAACAGAUAAACAAUAACAGGCUGCCGAGGAAACUGAAACUUGAUUAAUAAUUAAAUUAGCCGUGGACGGGUGCUUUUAACACAAGGUAGAUGUAGACGUUAGAAAAUAAACCGAAUCAGUCACGUCAAGUCAAGUGGUAUAAAAUACGUUAGACAAGAUGCACUGCUCGACAAACGACAAGUGUGUUCAGCAACACCUGGAGAACACCAUGUUUCCCACCAAGAUCUCAGAAGAAGAGACUUGUGAAGAGGAAAUGGAUACGUCAGAACCGAACUGGCACUGGUUCUACCUCGCAGAGUGUGGGGUGUGGCAUAUGUUUGAAACUGAUCCCAGUGCAGGAUGUUCAGUGACCAGCGAUCAGAUUGAACAGAACUACACCAGAAAUCAACAUGGUUCCAUGGACUUCUAUACACCCAAAUAUACAUACAGAUUAGAUUUUUCAGUUAUGAAACAGAUCAAUGUUACAACUGGGAAACAGAGACCUAUAAAAAGGGCCCUGCAUUCCGUCACUGGAUUUAGAUUCAUCUGUGAUAACCUGGCUCUUCCAGUACCGUGUCACUGGGAAAGAGUUAACACCGAUGAGCCAUAUCAGCUCAUCUCUCUUUGCAGAGACACGUUUGAGUACAAAGAAGUAGCCAGGCUGUUUGAGAGGACCAUGGUCCAGCCUAUCAAAUCCAUCCAGAGAAUACAGAACCUGGACCUGUGGGAGUUUUUCUGCAGGAAAAAGGCACAAUUGAGAAAGAUUAAACGUGUUAUAGACAUUGAGGAGCGAAUGCUGUUUCAUGGGACAGGUCAUAGUAACAUCCAGGCCAUAUGCACGUACAACUUUGACUGGCGGCUAACAGGAAGCCACGGUGACGUCUAUGGCAAAGGAAGCUAUUUUGCUCGUGAUGCCAAGUACUCUAGCAAGUUUUGCCACUCGACAAGCAAGCAUAACUUCACCCUGCAGAGGCAUGGUCUGGCCCCUCCCAUCUUCCAAUCUGAGCCUCCAUACAAGUGCAUGUUCCUGGCACGGGUGGUCGUGGGCGAGUACACUGUGGGCCACCCACAUUUCUGCCGCCCACCCUCCAAAGACCUGAGCAUAUCCAACUUCUUCGACAGCUGCGUGGAUGACUUGAUGAACCCCAAGAUCUUUGUCAUAUUUGACAGCAACCAGAUCUACCCGGAGUACCUUAUCGAAUUUUACUGACAUCAGAGGAUGAAGGAAGCAAUCCAUCAUCUGGACUUUCUAGUUUUAACCAAUGAGUAGGAACAGUUGGUCAAAUUAAAAAAAAAAAGAAGAAUGUGUGGGAGUACGCCUGGAGACGUUACAUGAAGCGUCAUGACUGUUCUGUGAAACGGUGCCAAAUUUAAGGUGUGUAAGAAAGAGCGUUGUCAGACAACAGGUUAGAAACGGGGCCUUCAAAUGCAGACUGCCUCCUAGGUCUUAGUAUGUUCUGUAUAUGUGCACAAAUCUCCAGUCCAUGCAUUCAGUGUGUACAAACCACCUGCACAAUUUGUUUGUUAAUUUUUUUUGUGUGAGGGUUAAUUUAUACAUUUCAUUAAUCUACCUCACCGUAAUUCUACCUCAUUGUCAUGCACACCACAAGCCAUUGGAUAGGCUUCCUUGUCAUUUAAUGUGCAUCUUUCGGUAGGAAUACCACCAUCCUUUACGGUGGUCAGCAACAGCAAUGCCUUUAGGAAUAACUACUCACCAAAACACUUUCCUCUGGGAGGUGUUGGCAUCUAAUAUGUGGGUUUCCCUGGGACUGGUUGUAAAACAAAAAUCACUGCUUUGACCAAAACAGAAAACUAAGGAUGAAACCAUUAUACAUGAUUUCAAAUUGAAGCCACAAUACACAAAUCAGCAUGCAUUCAGACAUCCGUGAUACUGUACAUGUACAUUUAAUGGUCUGUAUAUAUGUGUAUAUUAGAAAGAUAUUGUCUUAUGUGUGUGUGCAUGCAUAUGUGUGCUUGUCGCAUAUGAGUUGGGUACAUUAAUUUUUAGACUGUGUAAUGUACUCAAUAUUAAUGUGUACAUUUUCAUAAAGUGCUUUAUAUAAAUAAUAGUUUCACAUAAAGAAUAGUUUAUUUAGCAGACAUCUAUAAGGUCCAUGAACAGUGUGGUGGUUCUUUGGGCCAGAGCACGUGAGGUAGGCACCUCCUCAUACUCUCAUACUCUGAAUUAUCAGUGCCUUUCCAAUGAAAAAAAAAACAUCAGCCUUUACCUCCUUUUUGAAUAAUCAGAUAUUUUAGAUUUUUUGUUUUUGCACAGCCUUUUACAUUAAAAUGCUGAAAUAUGCUUUAUUUAGACUUCCCUUGGCAACUAGUUUGAAAGUUUUUUCGCGUGAGAAUACAACAAAACAUAUACUGCCUAAUAAAUGGAAGAAACGGUUUAGAGACCGUGUUAUUUUAAAUAGAGGGCAGAAACCUCUAGCCUGUAACUAAAAAAAAAAAUCUCAUGUUUUUUUGCAAGGGGAAGUUUAAUACGAGCUUGCCAUAUGGGACUAGAACAUGUACACGGAUUGUUUUGACAAGCAAUCCGCGCUUUAGCGAUUAAUGGUCAAGUCAUCCGCGCUUGAAAUGUUGAUUCGCCUAUACGCGCGAUAUUACGGUAUUUUGCUUGCCAUGUACUAACUCCCUAAUAAAUAUUUUUGAAGAGCUUUAGA